UUUCUUCUUUUAUUAACAUCGUGCUUGCUUAAUGCUAAUCUCGAAAUUGCUCAUUAAAGCUUCGAGCAAUCUCGGCUUAAAUGUCCACUAAUUACAUGAAAUAGCAGCAAAUUUAUCUUUGUGUUAUUAAAUAUUUAAUAAGGCGAUACAUCAUGAGUAUUUUGUUCGAUUCUGACGAUGGAUGGAUAAUUUCUCAUCUCGAUUACUUGAAUAAAAUCUAUGAAAUAGUGGAAGACGAACAGCAAAAUAAAGUAUUAAAUUUCAACGAAAGUCUUUUUAAAAUAAACACACAAUAUUUACGCCAAAAUCAAAUAGAUAGUUUUAAGAAAAAAGAUGCCAAUGUUAAUUCUUUAAAAAAAAGAAGGAAAAAAAAAUCACAAAUACUUCCAGAAGAUAUUUUAAAAGAGAAUAAUGUUGUGAGAGAAAUUGGUUUAAAGCUUCUAGAUAAGGCAAAGAAUCUAAAAAUAUUUACAAAUACAAUUUUAGAUAAUAAUGAAGAAUCAAGAUUAGCAUCUAAACAAUUUUACUUAAGUAAAUUACAACUGAAUUAUAAUUUUCAUGGAAGUAAUCGUAAAGAAAUUGCCACUAUUGCUAAAUUUCAAAAUGAAAAAUAUGUUUUUCCUAAAAAUAGUGAAUUUUAUUGUUAUGAUAUUCGAGAGAUAACUAAAAAAUUGAAUAUAAGUAAUCGUUUUGAUUUAAUAAUUUUGGAUCCACCCUGGUGGAAUAAAUCGAUAAGAAGAAAAAGAAUAAAAUUUGAAGAAAGCAGCUACAAAAUGAUAUAUAACGAAGAACUUGCCAAUAUCCCUAUUAAAAAUCUAUUGCAUCCUUUUGGAAUCGUUGCUGUCUGGUGUACAAAUUCUUCUAGUCAGCUAAAAUACAUUUUAGAUGAAUUAUUUCCAUCUUGGAAUAUAGUAUUUAAAGCAAAGUGGUAUUGGCUUAAGGUAACCCAAAAUGAUGAAACAAUUUGCAAUUUUAACGAUUCACAUGGAAAACAACCGUACGAACAGCUUGUAUUUGGGGUUUGUUCUUCAAACAUUAACUGCAGCCUGCCCGAUAAGAAAGUUAUAGUGAGCGUUCCAAGUGCAGUUCAUUCGCACAAGCCACCUCUUACAGAAAUCUUGAAAAAUUUCUUAAAAGAAAAGCCCAAAUGUAUGGAAAUAUUUGCUAGAUAUCUAUUACCAGAUUGGACUAGCUGGGGCUUAGAAGUUUUAAAAUUUCAACAUUUAUCGUUAUAUUCUAUUAUAGAAACGAAAAAUAUUAUCAUUUGA